GCCGCCGCCGCCAUUUUGAUGGCGGGAGAGUCUGUGUCUGAGACGGCUGGUGGCGGCUGUGGUGACUGGUAUGGAUGGUUUCCCCUCGCGGUAGCCACUCCAAAUUCGCCCGACUUCGGGCCACAGCCCUCGGAAUAACUUUUCAAAGGAAAAGAUACUUUGCAUCUGUUCUCUCCGCUAGAAAUGGCCAAUGUGCUCUGUAACAGAGCCAGACUGGUUUCCUAUCUUCCAGGAUUUUGCUCUUUAGUUAAAAGGGUUGUCAAUCCCAAAGCCUUUUCUACUGCAGGAUCUUCAGGUUCUGAUGAGUCUCAUGUUGCCACUGCACCUCCAGAUAUAUGCUCUCGAACAGUAUGGCCUGAUGAAACUAUGGGACCAUUUGGACCUCAGGAUCAGAGAUUCCAGCUUCCUGGAAACAUAGGUUUUGAUUGUCACCUCAAUGGGACCACUUCACAGAAGAAAAGCCAGGUUCAUAAAACUUUGCCUGAUGUUCUAGCAGAACCUUUAUCAAGUGAAAGGCAUGAGUUUGUAAUGGCACAAUAUGUAAAUGAAUUUCAGGGUAGUGCUGCACCAGUCGAACAAGAAGUUAAUAGUGCAGAAAGUUACUUUGAAAGUGCCAAAGUAGAGUGUGCAAUCCAAAUAUGCCCGGAGUUGCUGCGAAAAGAUUUCGAAUCACUAUUUCCAGAAGUGGUUACCAGCAAACUAAUAAUUCUGACUGUAACACAGAAAACUAAGAAUGAUAUGACUGUUUGGAGUGAGGAAGUAGAAAAUGAAAGAGAAAUGCUUUUAGAAAAGUUCAUCAAUGGUGCUAAGGAAAUUUGCUAUGCUCUUCGCGCUGAAGGCUAUUGGGCUGACUUUAUUGACCCAUCAUCUGGUUUGGCAUUCUUUGGACCAUAUACAAACAACACUCUUUUUGAAACAGAUGAACGCUAUCGGCAUUUAGGAUUCUCUGUCGAUGAUCUUGGCUGCUGUAAAGUGAUUCGUCAUAGUCUCUGGGGUACUCAUGUUGUAGUAGGAAGUAUCUUCACUAAUGCAACACCAGACACCCAUAUUAUGAAGAAAUUAAGUGGAAAUUAGUGGUGAUGUCAGUUAAUUUGUUUUACUAUUUAUACGUCACAUUUGGAUUGAUCUAAAAACUUUGUCAAACCCUUCAGUUUUUAAAGUAUACUUAUUUGUAGGUAUUUAUUUAAACACUUAUAAAUUUACAAGGUUGGUAAUUGAUUUGUGAUUUUUAAAUCACAGAUUUUCAUUAUUCAUAUUAUCAUUGAAUACAUGCUUAGUACAUCCACAUUGUAUAGAAUGUGAUCAUAUUAAUGUGUAACUAGGGUAUGAAGAUCUCAUAUUGUUAUUUCUCCCCUUUAUUGGAAAAACCUCAGUUUUAAUUAUUUUUCUCCAAAAAUAAAUCAUUCAUUUGGUUGAAAUGAU